AUGGCUGGUUUUUCAAGAGCACUCGUUCUGUUAUGCUUCUUCUUCAGCUUCUCAGAAGCUAGAGACCAUUUGGUUGGUGGCAAAGCAGAUGCAUGGAAGAUCCCUUCGUCUGAAUCCGAUUCUCUCAAUCAAUGGGCCGAAAAAUCUCGUUUCCUUAUUGGCGAUUCUCUUGUCUGGAAGCAUGACGGUAACAAAGAUUCAGUAUUACAAGUAACUAAGAAAGACUAUGUGACUUGCAACAAUUCUAGCCCCAUUGAAGCAUACAAUGGGAACACCAAGGUGAAGCUCGAACGGCCUGGACCCUUCUACUUCAUAAGUGGAGUGGAAGGACACUGCGAGAAUGGCCAAAAAUUGAUUGUGGUGGUCAUGUCUGAGAAACACAGGAGGUUCAUGACAAUUUCUCCAGCUCCUUCUCCGGUGGAAUUCGAGGGUACGGCCAUUGCUCCGGCAAGUGGAGCUGCUAGCUUAAAGGGCAGUUUGAUGGUGGCAUCGGGAGUUCUUAUAGGAGUUGUUUGGAUGUGA